AUGAGACCCCAAAGCCCUCAGACCCCAACAGCUCCGCAGACAGAUAUAGAGACAAACAAGACACCCGAGGACAGCAUCUCCGCCGGAUUUGAAAUGACGUGGCGUGAGGAGCUACGCAGUCGCCAGUUCUGGAGGGCCAUUUUAGCAGAGCUGCUCGGCACCCUGGUGUUAGUGAGCGUCGUCCUGGGGGCCUCUGUCCCAGGGCCCGACGGGGCCCCUGUGGGACCCUUGUAUCCAGCUGUAGCAGUGGGUGCGGUCAUUGUCUCGCUGGCACAUUGCUUUGGAGAAAUAAGUGGAGCACAGGUGAACCCCGCCGUCACGUUGUCCUUGCUGGCCACCCGCAAGCUGGAUGUCCUCCGCGCCCUCGUCUACAUGGUGGCGCAGUGUUUGGGGGCCUGUUUGGGAACCUCGGUCCUCUACCUCGCUCUGCCCGUCAAAGCCACAGCAGGCCACUUUGUUAACAGGGUUCCCAUAGAUCUGAAUGCGGCGCAGGCUCUGUGCAUCGAGGUGCUGUGCACCUUUCAGAUGGUCUUCACCGUCUUCUCAGUGGAGGAGCAGAGACGCAGGGAAAGCGUAGAACCAGGAAAUCUGGCCAUUGGAUUUGCUCACACUGCUGGAGUGCUAAUAGGGGCACGGUUCUCUGGUGCCAGUAUGAAUCCAGCUCGCUCCUUGGGCCCAGCCACCAUCACUGGAUUCUGGGAAAAUCACUGGGUGUACUGGAUCGGUCCAAUCUUCGGGGCUCUGCUCGCCGGAGUGUCCCACGAGUUCUUCUUCGCCCGCAGCGCCUCUCGCCAGAAGCUGGUGGCCUGUUUGACCUGCAAGGACAUUGAGAUCAUUGAGACGGCCAGCAUGACUGGCUCGUCUCUGUCCACGGUUACUCAGAACGCUAUGAGAGCCAAGCAUGCCAACAAGCAGGAAGGCAACUGAAGAAGUAUGACGAAGGGUUGGGCCAGGCUUUGAUGGCGAUGGGCAUCAAUGGAAUGGCAGAAGCUGACUGAACAAGGGUUUAGCUCCUUGAACUUCAUGUGCCAUAGAACAUAAAUGAGACUAAUGGGUUGAGGAUCAUUAUACAAUAAAUAUAAAGGAAUCUAAUUAUAAUCACAAGACAACUUGCUUAUAAGAGAAGGUAUUUCUGGAUAUUUAUUUAAAAUAGAACAACAUGUCCUUUAUAGUGUCUAUUACUGUUUUGUUUUGUUUUACCAAGAAUCUGAAUCACUACUGAGUUUCCUAUUAGAUGUGAUACAAUCAGAAGUUCAUAAAUGUCACACACAAAAAAAAGGAUAAAAUAAAAUGUCUUUAUUGGAGUACUGGAGUACAUGAGGCUGGCGCUGAUAUUGCAAGGUCCGGCGUUCUCUUUCACAUUUGCACAUCAUUGGAGUAUGUAAAAGCAAAAGAGACUCAUUGAAAUCCUGCUGAAUAACAGCCUCGUGAUCCAGAUGCAUCUCGUGUUUGCAAUCGCUUUGAAAUGCUAAAGCGGUCCUUUCCCCUGCCCUGCGGGUUCACUGAUGCUCUCAAACAGUCCAGGUCUGUCUCUUCUCACACGGUCCGCUAUUCAUACCUCUGUUGUGUUUUUUCACAGAGAGUAUACCAGAAUAAGCUUUGUAAUUUAAAACGGAUACAAUGAGAGUAUGUGCACUGUUCCUGAGGAAGUGUUGUUUCUUGGUAUGAGCGGCAGUUUGUCUCCUG